CAUCUGAAAUGGAUGCUGCCAUGGAUUGUUCUGCUUCAAUCCUUGUUUGGGUUUGGAUCAUUGAAGCCCUGGCAAGCUGCGACGCAGUGCCUCCAUCGACUAUACGCGUCUACCGUAGUAUUCCCUUCGCUAUGGACCUAUGAUUUGCUUGAAGGUGCUCCCGUAAUCCCUGCUGGUUUAGCAAGGAAUGCGAGGGAAAUGAUCUUAUUGAGGAUUUUGGAGGUCUAUGUUGCUCGCCGGCAUGAAAGCAGAGAUGGCGCUUCUUCUCGCUCGGACUGCGGGAGAGAAAUCGAUCAUUCUAGGAGCUGUGAAGAUGUAGCUCGAGGACUUAUGCAAGAGAUCGUUGCAUCAAAUGUAAAAAUGGAUAACUCAGAGAUGUUGAAAUGGGACAUUAGAACCUUUAUUAGGCGUAAAAGGGCCUCCUUCCCAAAGUGCACGUUACUACGGUUGAAGGAUGCAAUUUUGGGAGGAAACAACCCAGGUCUUGCAUCAUUGGAAAUGGCAGGCAAGAGUGGAUUAUCAAUUAGCAACAAGUCUGCCCGAGGUGAUGUCGAUGCAGUCACAGGGUUACUUGAGGGAAGCUGCAGGGGAGACCAAACCUUAGCAGCAGAUGGACUUAUGAGGGAUGACAAUGACUUGAAUACCAAUGACCUGGCUGGACAAUGUGAAGAAGAUCAUGUCAGUAUGGAGAUUGGGCAUGGCCCUCGUUUGCGUAGUUCCUAUUUUACUGGACAAGAUAUUGGUCAGAAGUAUGGUCUUCGGAUUUGCUCCGAACAUGCGGGAGAUCUAGAUAGAAAAAAUGGAUAGUGUGCUGUAAGAAAAUGGUCCGGUUUGGCCACAUCAACUCAAAUUGGGGGCUUAGGCGAAAACAGGCACUCAGAGGAUGGUCAUGAUCAGCAUUUCGAAGCAUCACAAAUACCUGGGCAAGGAAAUGAUGGUGGCUUGCAGGAUAAUCAUCCACUGAUCCCUUGUGACAACAAUGUGGAGCAUAAUCCUGGAAAAGAAGUAUCUAGUGAUAGUGAUGGUUUUCAAGAUGAGGAGAUUGUCACUGCCACGAAGGAACAUGCUUUCUUGAGUUCUAAGUGCACAUUCAAUGAGGAUUCCCGGACAGCUGCUGCCUGUCCAGAGUUUAAUCUUUGUAUCAAGUGUAAUAGAGGUGGACAGCUGUUGGUUUGUUGUGCAAGUGACUGUCCAAUACUGGUUCAUCAGCGCUGUUUGGGCUCUGCACCCGCCUUUGAUGACAGUGGAAACUUUUACUGCCCCGUUUGUGCUUAUUCUCGUGCAGUCUCAGAGUACCAUGAAGCCAAGAAAAAAUCCGCCCUAACAAGGAAAGCUCUAUCAGGUUUCAUUUCAUGCGGUUUUGAAAGGUAAAACAGAUGGGGAAACGCAAUCAGUAGUAAGUUCCCUAUAUAUUUUUUAUGAUAGAUGUCAUAUGCUUUCUCCAUGUAAAUUCUCCUAUGUUCUGCACUAGUAAGUUCCCUAUAUUUUUGCAGAUGAUGGCAUAUAUGCUUUAUCCAUGUAAUCUGUUGGAUAAUUGAUAAAUUAUUUUGACAACUCUAAUGGUGUUAUAUGAUGGAAUGUCCUGCAAUCACAUGUUCUCUCCAACCUAAUGUAUGUUUUUAGUGUUGCAGUUAAGAUUGAGGAUGGAUGAAUUAUUUUCUAAGUUGCAGCUCCUAUCCUGCAAUCCUUUGGACAGCCGAGGAGGUGGGGAGAUACUACGGGUAUUUUAUUUUUCCCUCGUAUGCUUCUGCCAAUGGCCUACCCCCCUUGGUGGGCUCAGGGCUUGAUAUGUUUGUGGUUGGAUCACUCUCACU